AGGCCAAAUGUUGCUCGGCUGGCCAGACUUUCCGCGUACAAUGUGAUUCAACCGACACAAGAGAACAUGGCGCAAUGGCGAGACGCCACUACGUCGUCAGGCUGCAUGACCAACAUGCGUCCUAAAGGCAGACACGCCGUUCUCUCAACUCCGAGCCAAAGUUACGAUCCCUGA